AUGUUCCUCUUCUGGUUUACACUCCUCCUCUCAAUCACUAUCUCCGCUUCUCCUACCAAUACAGCAAUCAUCAGUAGCCGUCUCUCUUACACCCAAAAACAUGGCACAAAUUACACGGUCUUCACCCACGCCCCCACAGGCGCAAUCCUUGAAUUCGUUAAUAAUUCUGGAAUCUGCGAGACAACCCCCAAUGUAAACCAAUACUCCGGCUAUCUCUCUGUCGGCGAGGGUCUGAAUAUGUUUUUCUGGUUCUUCGAAUCCCGCCACACCCCCGCCAAAGCUCCCCUCGCAGCAUGGUUCAACGGCGGCCCCGGCUGUUCCUCCAUGAUUGGGCUAUUCCAAGAAAACGGGCCGUGUCAUUUUCCCCUGCACGGUGAUACGGAUAAUCCAGUGUUGAAUCCAUAUAGCUUCAAUGAGGUUGCUAAUAUGUUGUAUAUUGAUCAGCCGGUUGGGGUGGGUUUUUCGUAUGCUGAUGACGGUAAUGGUGAGAAUGGCGGGAAUGUGAAUAGUACGGAUAGUGCGGCGGGGUAUGUAUGGGUGUUUUUGCAGGCGUUUUUUGAGGCAUUUCAUGGAUAUGAAGGGAGGAAUGUUGCUAUAUUCACCGAGUCCUACGGUGGUCAUUACGGCCCCUCCUUCGCCUCGCACAUUAAAGCCCAAAAUGAGCUUAUCCGCAACGGUGCCCUAAAAGGGGAGGUAAUCAACCUAGUCGCCCUUGGUAUAAACAAUGCGUGGAUCGACACGGCCAUCCAGGAGAAGUCCUACAUCGAUUUCGCAUUCAACAACACCUACCGCUCACUAAUCUCCGAAUCACAACGAGAUAAUUAUCUCUCUGUAUACGAGGAAAUAUGUCUCCCCGCAGUAACCAACUGUAUGGAGACAGAAACAGAUGAACCGUGCAGGUUUGCGAACCGGAUUUGUUCAUCCCGGAUCGAAGGACCGAUUAGUCGGGCUGCGGAUUUCAAUGUCUAUGAUAUCCGCAAACCGAGGAAUGAUGAUGAGCCACCAAGUACAUACAUGUCAUACCUGAACCGGGAGGAUGUGAGGAGGAAGAUUGGGGCGAGGGGAAGCACAUUCAGGGAAUGUGCGGGAGGUGUUACGCUAGAUUUUGGGAAAACGGGGGAUAACGCAAAAACACUCCUCCCAACUCUAUCUCAACUUAUCGAGUCAGGCCUACAAGUCCUCCUCUGGGCUGGCGACGCAGACUGGAUCUGCAACUGGAUCGGUAACCUUGACGUUGCAAACGCAGUCGCAUUCAAUGGAGCCGAAGAAUUUCGGGGAAAGGAGUUGGUUCCAUACAGCGUUGAUGGUGUGGAGAAGGGGAGGGUGAAGAGUGUGGGGGGUUUUACGUUUAUGAGGGUUUUUGGGGCGGGACAUGAGGUCCCUUAUUAUCAACCGGAGACGUCGUUGCAGGUUUUUAGGCAGGUUCUGGAAGGGAAGGGGGUUUAUUCUACUUAG